CAAAGCUGGUAUCGAGAGGACGUGACGUCAGAAAAGUCUUUUCCACAAGUUUUGUAGUGAGCGAUAGCCGUGAAUCUAAGCACAGAAUGGGUCGUGUACGUACAAAGACGGUCAAGAAAGCCUCAAAGGUUAUCAUCGAGAAAUACUAUACUCGUUUGACUAUGGAUUUCGACACCAACAAGCGCAUUGUCGAGGAAGUGGCCAUCAUUCCCACGAAACCUCUGAGAAAUAAGAUCGCUGGUUUUGUGACUCACCUCAUGAAGCGCCUGCGUCACUCGCAAGUGCGUGGUAUUUCCAUCAAGCUGCAAGAGGAAGAACGCGAGCGUCGUGAUAAUUACGUACCGGAAGUAUCAGCACUGGAGCAGGACAUCAUCGAGGUCGAUCCAGAGACAAAAGAGAUGUUGAAGCACUUGGACUUCAGCAACAUCGUUGUCCAGCUGACAAAUCCCACUGCUCCCGGCUACAGCAACAGACGCAACUGAAGAGUUGGUCAUUUCUCAGCGCUUUUGGCCUGGUACACCGCGUUAAAAUGUAACUGGAAAGGGUUUUUGUGUCCUACACAGAACAUCCUCAAACGAAACUAAAUUAAAACCACAUGUAAACAAGGCGCAGAAAAUGCGUUUGUGAAACAGUAAA